AUGAAGAAGCCUGCUGCAAAGUCGAAGGCGAUGAAGGCCAUGAAGGCCAACAAGGCCAUGAAGGUCAUGAAGGCCAGCAAGGGCAUGAAAGCCACAAAGGGCCCCAUGAAAGCCAUGAAGGCCAGCAAGGCGAUGAAAGCAAUGGCUGCGAUGAAGGCCAGCGAGAAGGCCAUGAAGGCCAUGAAGUCCAUGAAGGCCAAGACGGCGAUGAUGAAGAAGCCCGGCCUGCAGAAUGACAGGUCCGAGUGGCGGACGAGGGGGCUGACCCCUUCUAUCAGCCCCCAGCACAAGGAGGUUGUGAUGGUCUCGGCGCAUGAUGGCCGUGUGAUCUGCGACCACUCGGUGCACAAGAACCUGACUCUGGAUGGCCUCAUUCGUCAGUUCGAGGAGCCCGGCUGUGAUGGCAUCCCUGGGGUCGUGACUGGCAUUGCCGUGGCGGUCCAGUUCAUGGAUGAUGACAAGAAGAAGGACGAUGACGGAGGAGAUGAUGACAAGAAGAAGAACGAUGACGCAGGAGAAGAAGGCGAUGAUGAUGACAGCAGCAGCACCGAGACAUCGUCUCCAAGCAGAAAGCAGAGAGAGUGGGAUGGUCUGGAAGGUCCGGUGCCAGUGGUCCCGGCACAUCCUGCUCUGCCAGACGUGCCAUUGGGACACAUGGCCGCUGCCUUGGACUCGUUUGUUUUGAAGGGUACUUCGGGCAUCUUGGCACAGGCUUUGGAUGGCCAGGUUGGGGAUCCCACGAGCGAGGACAAGGUCCUUAUCUCGGUUGGGACAGAUGAUCUUCGUGUGCCCUUGGAGGCACUGGAAGCUCCAGUGGAUGCAUCGCUUUGCAUGGCAUUACUGGACAAGGAACAGGAAUCUCCGCUGGAUCGGGACAAGGUGCUCGAAGCUCCAGUGGAUGCAUCGCAUGCCAUGGCAUUGCGGGACAAGGCUGGUGAUGGGAUGAUCGAGGACAUGCUCAGGGAUAGCUCCGUGGAUGUGGCCACGAGCUUGGACAAGGAGCUGCUUUGGAUUGCUUUCGAGUGGCGUGUGAAGGUGGCCCACCUCUCCGUGGACCUCUACAUCCAGUGGGGACCGGUGGGACCUAGGUCGCCAUCGUGCUCCUCUCCGUCCCCAAGUCCACAGAAGGAGUCGGAGAAGGGCUUGUCGCCAGAUCCGAAGAUCAUGGAGAAGCAGUCAGCUACGACUCCAGGACCAGAGGAGCCGAGGCAGAGCACCGAGAGGAAGCCCAAGUAUCCAUGA